UUAAGAGGCAAUAGAAACUACGUGUCGCUGUCAAACGCGAGGUAAUGCACGGAUAUAAAUAAAGGCGAGUGUAAACAGUGAACGGACAUCUGGAAAACAACUAGCUAGUCCCUCCGGUGUGCUCUGCCCCUCACGUUAUGGGAUUUCUCUGCAUGUGCAUGCCCAAGAAACGCCCAUCCUCCAGCAGUAAGGGUCAAAGGUCAAAGAGAACUGAAGAACGGCCGCAAGCGAAAUCUGCCUCUGGUCCUGCAAAGAAGCACAUCGAUGACCUUUUUGCUAAAGAAGAACAAUACAAACUCCUAAAUGCAGAGCUGGAAGCCAAAACAGCAGAUCUAGUGAGACAGGCAGAUCAACUAAUGAAAGAACAGAGUGAAGUUCUGUCGAAAUCUUUCUCCACCCUGCUGCUCACCGAUAUUGAGGAUGAAGAAGCUUCCAGGAUGAUAAAGCCUCAACAGUUCACCGUGCAGGAGCCUCGUGUGAAGGUGGUGACUAAAAAAAGGGUCACAUCAACAUCACAAAACAUGCGUGCUGGAAAAAAAGAAAAAGAGCCUCAAUGCAAAACUGCAACUCCGAAGGUGCCUCUUGGGGACGAUUUAACAGCUGUUGAGGACUCUGCUGACUUUUUCCUGGCGAAGACGAUACGCAGCAUGGAGGAGCAGAUGAACGACGCUGAUCUUCAUGACAAUGUUGUGGAUGACGUGUCUAAUGCUGGAGACAACGUAGGAUCGGGCAUUUCAGAUGCUCAAAUACGAGUUUUGAAGGCAAAACUACGGAUUAUGCAAGAGGAGCUGGAUCAACUAUCAUGUGAAUAUUAUAAGAAGGAUGAUGAAAAUGCCAAGCUUAGCGCAAAGAUUAAGGAGAUUGAGGAGGAUCGAGCCAGGCUGCAGAAGACCACCAGCAUUCAGCAAACACAGAUCGAGAAGCACCGAGCGUUAGCGGAGGAGUCUGCUAGGAAAUGUGACGGACUUCAGGUGCAGGUGUCUGGUUUACACAAGGAAAUAGAAAAUCUCAACAGAUCCAACAAACAAGCCGCAGCCGCCAACAGCACUGUGGAGGUUCGUCUGACCAGAGCUCAGGAGGAGGUGGAGAGGUUAAAGACUCAACUCAACAAAAUGAAACAGAUGAACAAGGACAAGUUAAACGAGGAACAUCAGAGUAAAGAAAAUCUACUUGCUGAAAACAAAGUGCUAAAAAAGCAGAAGGCAGAACUCAUCGUGGGUUUCAAGAAACAGCUCAAGCUGAUCGACAUUCUCAAAAGACAAAAGAUGCAUUUUGAAGCUGCCAAGCUGCUGUCGUUCACAGAAGGCGAGUUCAUGAAAGCUCUGGACUGGGGGAAGUCAUAAACAGUCAGCAUGUAAAACUUGGACACUUGUGCCUCAAUAAAUAUUUAAAGAUA